AUGGCCUCAGCAAACGCUCUCUCUUCAGCUUCCAUUCUUCGCUCUCCCAACCGCCAGUCUCUGGCUCGAAGAGUGAACCACAAUGGAAGAGUGAAUUACCGGCAACCGAAUAACCGUUUCGCGGUGAAGGCCUCCGCGAAGGAGAUUGCGUUCGACCAGAGUUCUCGGGCAGCCAUUCAGGCCGGCAUUGACAAGCUCGCCGACGCCGUUGGGCUUACUCUUGGGCCGAGAGGGAGGAAUGUUGUGUUGGAUGAGUUUGGAAAUCCUAAAGUGGUUAACGAUGGUGUGACCAUUGCUCGCGCUAUUGAGCUUCCCGAUGCCAUGGAGAAUGCUGGUGCAGCUCUUAUUAGAGAGGUUGCUAGUAAGACUAAUGACUCUGCCGGUGAUGGGACCACCACGGCUUCGGUUCUUGCUCGCGAGAUUAUUAAGCUGGGGCUUCUCAGUGUGACUUCUGGGGCCAAUCCUGUGUCUCUUAAAAGAGGGAUUGAUAAAACUGUGCAGGGAUUGGUGAAGGAGUUGGAGAAGAAGGCAAGGCCUGUCGAAGGUGGAGACGAUAUCAAAGCUGUUGCUUCUAUUUCUGCUGGAAAUGAUGAGUUGAUUGGGCAAAUGAUUGCGGAAGCAAUUGAUAAGGUUGGACCUGAUGGUGUCUUGUCCAUUGAGUCUUCGUCUUCAUUUGAGACGACCGUUGAAGUGGAAGAAGGAAUGGAGAUUGACAGAGGGUAUAUUUCUCCUCAAUUUGUUACAAACCCUGAGAAGUUGAUUGUUGAAUUUGAGAAUGCGAGAGUGUUGGUUACGGAUCAGAAAAUUUCAUCAAUAAAAGAUAUAAUACCACUGUUGGAGAAAACCACACAAUUGAGAGCUCCUUUGCUUAUCAUUGCUGAGGAUGUCACUGGUGAGGCUUUGGCCACCCUUGUUGUGAAUAAGCUGCGUGGUAUUCUUAAUGUUGCUGCCAUCAAAGCUCCUGGCUUUGGUGAGCGGCGCAAGGCCCUUCUUCAAGACAUUGCUAUAAUGACUGGUGCCGAGUUCCAAGCGAGUGAUCUGGGACUGCUUAUUGAAAACACCGCAGUGGAGCAGCUUGGUUUGGCUCGGAAAGUGACAAUCAGCAAGGAUUCUACUACUAUCAUUGCUGAUGCCGCAGCAAAGGAUGAGUUACAAGCCAGAAUUGCUCAGAUAAAGAAGCAGUUGGCAGAGACGGACUCAGUAUAUGAUUCUGAGAAACUGGCUGAGAGGAUAGCUAAAUUGUCUGGUGGAGUUGCUGUCAUCAAAGUUGGUGCUGCUACAGAGACUGAACUUGAGGACCGAAAGCUCCGAAUUGAGGAUGCUAAGAAUGCAACUUUUGCUGCCAUUGAGGAAGGUAUUGUACCUGGUGGAGGUACUGCACUGGUUCAUCUAUCCACUCAUGUCCCAGCAAUCAAGGAAAAGCUUGAGGACGCAAAUGAGAGGCUAGGCGCUGACAUUGUGCAAAAGGCACUGGUAGCACCUGCUGCAUUGAUUGCUCAAAAUGCUGGAAUAGAAGGUGAAGUUGUGGUGGAGAAGAUAAAGAAUGGUGAAUGGGAGGUUGGUUACAAUGCUAUGACAGACAGGUAUGAGAAUUUAGUAGAUGCUGGAGUUAUCGACCCUGCCAAGGUUACAAGGUGUGCGUUGCAGAAUGCUGCUUCAGUUGCUGGAAUGGUGUUGACCACGCAGGCCAUUGUGGUGGAAAAACCUAAGCCCAAGGCACCUGUUGCUGCCCCACAAGGCCUUACUGUUUGA